AUGCAGGAAAUGUAUGUAAUAAUAAUUUGUGCCUCUAUCCUUUACAAUGCUGAUGCUCAGGUAACCUUGGAUUCUAUUGUGAACAAUGCUAUUCAGAGCGCGUUCCGUGGUGGUGGAGGAAGAACACCCAUUGCAACUUUUCUUGGAGGUCAGGGAGGGAUCGCUCCGGUUCCUGGAAGACGAACAGUAAGCAGAGAUGUAGCAUCUUUACCGACUCCAGGCUCCAUAUCAGGCUCUGGAGCCUACCAGGCCUUAGCCAGGUUCUCUCGGAGUAACUCGCCAGCUACUAUUGCAAUGCUUCAUGACCGUUCGAUGAGGGCGUCUCUUGCAUCAAGAAUGAUAGCACAAGACCCGGCAGUUGGAGGACCUGCAGGAGAUGGCUUCCAGAGAGCAGUCUCAGAUCCCCAGAUUACUUCAAGAUAUCAAAGAGCAUUCAUUCCAUACUGUUAUCAGAUGCCAGCUUGUAACGUUAAAGAUCCCUAUCGACGAACAGAUGGACAAUGUAACAAUCUGAUUAACCCUCUCCUGGGAUCUUCAAAUACGCCGCAACAACGAGUUUUACCUGCUGCCUACGACAACUGGAUUGAUACUCCAAGAACCCUUUCCCGGGUUGGGAAUAUGCCCUUGCCAAGUGCUCGAACAGUCAGUAACAACGUGUUCCAGUUCAUUGGAGGGGGCAUGACCCCUGUCAGCGCCGCAUUCUCUACCUACCUCACCCACCACGGACAGUUCAUUGACCAUGACGUCAUUUCCACCCCAUCUGUAGAGUAUAUUGAAAACAAAGCUUUCCUGGAUAUCAAGGCCACAAAAGGUCGUGUGUUCAAGAAAAUGAAGGUUAAAAUUUGUCUAGAUAAUGCCAGAAUGCAACAAAACCCGGAAGCUUGUUUUAGCAUAGAGGUAGUACAAACGCCACCGGAUCCCUUUUUUCCACCAGACAAAACUUGCAUGAACUUCGUCCGCCAUGCUGGUGCUCCGACAAUGGGAUGCAUGAACGGUGUUCGCGAGCAAAUCAACCAGAGAACAGCUUUUGUGGACGGCUCAAUGAUUUACGGCUCUGAAGUCAGCUUAGAGCUUGAGCUAAGAGGGGGAGUAUCAAGAGAAUUAGGGCGACUUGCUGUAAACGAUCAGAAUCUGCUCCCUCCCAAUCCUCAGGGAUGUCCUGUCUUGGCACCCCGAGCAAUGCGACCAUGCUUCAUAGCAGGAGAUCAUAGGCAAAGCGAGACACCUACUCUAACUGUUCCACAUAUCACGUGGUUAAGACGUCAUAAUCUCAUUGCUGACGCAUUAAGACAAGCCACUGGCAUCACGGAUGACGAGACUCUUUUUCAGGAAGCCAAAAGAAUUGUUAUAGCAGAGCUUCAACAUGUUACAUACAAUGAAUUUUUGCCUGCCGUUCUUGAUAAUUUACAUAUGAAUUCUUUCAAUCUAAGAUCAAAACUAGCAGGACAUGCUGAUUCUUACAACCCUAAGGUUGAUCCAAGAACAAUAAAUGCAUUCGGUGUUGCAGCCUAUCGUAUGGGUCAUAGUUUAGUCAGAAAUACUGUAGGUCAUGAUUUAGGGAACGGAGAUCGUUUUACAUUUCCGGUGAGCGAACACUUCGAGCGUCCUGAUUUGAUGUAUGAAAAGGGAUAUGAAUUCAUGGCUCGUUGGAUGUCACGAGAACCCAAAUCUAGGUCUGACAGAUUCUUGGUAGACGGUAUUAGAAAUAGAUUGUUUGAAUUUCCACCAAUGCCAGGAACGCCUCCAUCAGAAACGUUGUCUAUGGAUUUGGGAGCCUUGAACAUACAGAGAGGCCGUGAUCACGGCAUACCUCCCUAUAACGCUUACAGAGAAUUCUGUGGACUUCAAAGAGCGCGUUUCUUUGCUACUGCCCCAGGGGGACUGGUUGAUCAUACUCCACAAGCAGCAGCUGCACUGCAGCGAACCUAUCGACACCCUGAUGAUAUAGACCUCUUUGCUGGUGGUAUGUCUGAGAUUCCUCGACCAGGAAGCAUUCUAGGGCCCACGUUCCAAUGUCUCAUCGCUCUUCAGUUCAGCUUCUACAAACAUGGCGACCGUUUCUGGUACGAGCGCACUUCCCCCGAAAACCCAGUGGCUGCUUUUACAUCUGCCCAACUUGCUCAAAUCAAACAGAUCACGUACUCAAAGAUUCUCUGCUCUGUCGUAAAGAAUAUUGGCAUUAUUCCAUCCUUCCAACCUAGAUUAAUGUUACGACCUAACAUUCAAGGUAAUUCGCCAGUGCCAUGCACAUUGCUUUUGCAAGGAAGUCGCCUUGGAUUCGACAUUAGCCCAUUUGCACAACAGCUGCUUCAAUUAGGCGGUCGCCGACGCCGAGGGACAUUAAACCUUAGGCAACUUAAUCCAGGCAUGCGACGAAAAACCAUUUAUUGA